AUUGUGCGCUCGUGGGAUGGGGCGGCUGGCCGGAGGCGGGGGUCUGGUCACCGAACCGGUGCAUAUAUCUUCUGGAUACAAGGAGAAAGUUUUCCCAAGAAAUCCGCAUGUUUGAGGCUCCCCCUCUGCAAUGGAAUCUUGGCCUACGCUGGCCUGGCUCCUGCUCCUUAGCUUGAUUGUGGAUAGCCUGAAGGGAAUUCGAGCCCGAGACUUUACAGUGAAAGAUAUUGUCUAUCUUCAUCCUUCAACCACUCCGUACCCUGGUGGAUUCAAAUGUUUCACGUGUGAAGAAGCAGUAGACAACUAUGAAUGCAACCAGUGGGCUCCAGAUAUCUAUUGCCCAAGAGCUACAAGAUACUGCUAUACUCAACAUACACUGGAAGCCAAUGGAAAGAGUGUAUCUGUUACCAAGCGAUGUGUGCCACUGGAGGAUUGUUUGUCUACAGGAUGCAUAGAUCUCCAACAUAAAGGACUGAAGGUCUGCACCUCUUGUUGUGAAGGAAACAUCUGUAAUUUGCCACUACCUAGAAAUUCAAGUGAUGCCGUAUUUGCAACGACAACCCCCAUAAAUCACACUCAGAGACAUUUGCAAGGUGCAUCAGUCAUAAUAUUGUGUCUCCUGUUAGUCUUUGCAACGUAGAUGUUCUGGGAUAAAGUGCCAGUUAUGUACCAAGGAAAGCGACUGAAGAUUAAAAUAUUUAUGCAUACAUAUAUGAUCUUAAUUUAAUAUAUGUUUCAAACCUUA